GGCGAUCGGUAGCUUGAUUAGUUUGCGACCCACCCCAAAAAGCGUUACUUUUGUCGGGAGUUUUUCGUGUACAAGUAGUGGUAAACUCUCCACUAUACAGUUAGUGAUCAGUUUAGUAUAAAGUCUUUCUAGUUGUGGACAAAGAUUGGGAGAGAGACCGACACGGACCUGUCGCAAUGUGCCGUCGUGCGUCAAUCUCCGGCAGCGUGUUGUCGGCGGCACUUCUACUCCUUACGCUCCUCUCUGCCGCUUCUCUCGGCGCUGGAGAAGAGCUGCCCUGUGACCCUCCCUGUGGCGUGAACGGAGAGUGUGUGGCCUACUUGGGAAACCUCUCUUGCCAAUGUAUUGGUAACUGGAGUGGUUCAGAUUGCUCCGUCUCAAUCUGUGAAAAAGACAAUCCUUGUCUCAAUAAUGGGACGUGCUCCUAUAACCCGGCGGAUCCCUCCCAGUUCCUGUGCUCCUGCAAUCUGCCUUACUUUGGGGACACUUGCCAGUACACCACUGAAGUGAACAAUGGACCCAACUCUUGUGAGGUGGGCAAUCCCUGCAAUGGAUCUACUUGCUACAACCUUGCCAGUGGCGGACACCAGUGCUUCUGCAUGGACGGGAAAUGGGGCGUCGGUUGCAAAUACACCGUAUGUGAGAUUAUGGAGAAACACCUCUUGCCCCCUGCCCGACGAUCGCUGUGCCUGGAAACAAGACUUGUGCAAUGGCCGCGGUACGUGCAUCUGGGACGAUGAUUUCGACACUACUUACCGUUCACGGUGCCUGUGUGAGCCGGGCUGGGACAGUUCCAACAACUGUCGUAAGGCCAACGGAGUGAGGAUGCAGUGCAAGAACAACGGAGCGUGCGGGGACUAUGGAGAGUGCGUUUACAUCUUACCGGAGGAUUAUGAUGGGGAGGACGAGGAGCUGAUAUUCGAGGACUAUGAGUGCAUCUGCGACGGAGAGCAUCAAGGCAGGAACUGCUCAGAGUCGUUCGACAUAUGCAGUCCAGACCCCUGCGUGUCUGGCACCUGCAACGCCACUCAUGACGGUCACUAUUUCAAGUGUAUCUGCCCGCACAAUCGAACGGGCCACCUCUGUGAGAAUUUCAUCGAUCCUUGUGCCUCGCUCGCCUGUCAGAACGGCGGGAACUGCACAACUCUUGUACCUCCCAACCCGGACGGGAGCUACAGCAGCCCCGAAGCCUGGUGCUCCUGCUGUACCGGGUUCACCGGAGGACGCUGCGAGAUGUCGACCGAUAAUCACACCCUCUGUCGACCGAACCCCUGCAGAAAUGGUGGCAAAUGCCAGCUACUGUCUGAUACCUCGUACAAGUGUGAAUGUGGGGAGGAGUACACGGGGGUAAACUGCGAGCUACCGAACCUCUGCCAUGAGGGGCAGACCACUUGCAACUCGGACACCACGGAAGUUUGUCUUGUGGCGCAGGACGACGGUGAAGUGAAGCAGGUGUGCAUCUGUACCGACGGUUGGGGUGGCGACACUUGCACUGAAGAUGUCGACGAAUGUCUGGGUAGCUCCGCCCCGCUCUGUCUGAACGGAGGAACGUGUGUUAACAAUCUCGGAGGACACUCGUGCCGCUGUACCCCGGAGUAUACGGGACCGGAGUGCAAGGACUACGUACCCCAGCCGGUCAACUGCAGCUCGACCAAUCAGAUGUGCAAGAACGGAGGGGAGUGUAUGGACCAGGGCCCCGGUGUGAUGGUCUGCAACUGCACUAAAGGAUUCACUGGGGAUUUCUGCGAAAUAGUCGCUUGCCAACACGAUUACUGCGAGGAGCGGGGCCGGAACAGCCAGUGUGAUUUGGAAUGUUUCAACGAAGAGUGUGGAUAUGACGGAAGGGAAGGUCUGUGUCUCCCGAACAACACCCAGGAUCCCUGGGAGAACUGUCCUCAACCGGCUCACUGCCGCCAGAGAGCCAACAACAGCCAGUGUGAUCCUGAUUGCAACACCAGAGACUGUCUCUAUGACUUCCACGAGUGUGUGCCUUCGCCAGAGGAGUGCCCUGCCGAUAUAACGGCGAACACCCCUUCACCCACGCACACGCAGCUCAGGGAUAGAGUGGUGGUGUACAUUCUGGGCUCGGCUGGCCAGACUCUCUCUCAGAACAAAGACGCCCAGAGACGAUUCGAGGAGGCCAUUGGCGCCAUCACCAACACAAACCCAGUCAUCGAGACCGUCGAACUGCUCAGCGAAAAGCAGGGAGAGGAGGAAAAAAUAGACGUGCCCGAGGGACAAAACCUCUAUCGGGUGACACUGAGGUUGGACACGGAGUACUGCUCUGACCAGUGCAUAAACUCAGUAGAAGAGGCGGUAAAGUUCUUGAACGCGUACUAUGCAUCUGGGAACAAGGAUAUUGCCGGGUUCAGCUAUGUCAGGAGCGAUACAGCUGAAGAAGGUCCAACCGAAGGUCCAACCACAGGAACCACCAGCUCUACAGUCACUGCCAUUGUCGUCACCUUCAUAGUAGUCGCCUUCCUGGGUGUCUUUGUGGUCGGAGGUGUCCUCGUCGGCAAGAAGCGAAAAGUCAUCCGAGCAAAGAUCUUCUACCCGGGCCAGUCUCAAGUCGAUGAUUCCACCCACGACAGAUCCCCGCCCAACAAGAAGAGGAAGGUGGCCCAAACGGACCUGGCCUCCGGAACACUUGUCAGCAGCACCGAGGAGUCCUCCAUUACCUGUGCCACAUGCAUAUUCGCUCGAGGGCUUCCUGUGCGUCGGGGGACUACAUCAGAGAUGGUUCCAAAGCUGCAAAAAUGGAAGGGAUCGUCUAAGAUCACCUGGGCCGACUACAAGGUGCCCGUGGGUGACUCCCCCGGUCACGACCCCUCAGACGUGGCAGUCGUCUCCCAGAUCGGGAAGGACUCGCGAAAGUGGAACUACCUGCACUACAGCGCCGUGCGCAACCCCGAGAUAAUGCGGGGACUUCUAGAGAAAUGCCGCGGAGACGACUCCAAGAAGUGGGACGUUAACACCCCAGGCCCCGGAGGGUACACCCCGCUCAUGCUGGCCGUCACCCAAAAGAGCUCCGACAGCUUCCCCCUCCCGUCUCGCAGCAGCAGCUCGUCCGAGUCAUCUGGCGAGCAUACCGAACACAACGGUCUCCUCUUCUCUCCCAUGACAAAGGCGAUGCAGUUUGUCCCUCACUCCGAUACCAGCAGCCCCUCUGGCUCUUUCACCGGUUCUCCCUUCAACUGCUCCGUGGACGUUCUCCUCAGCACCAGGGUGAAGCUGGACGCUACGAAUGACUACGGUCGUACUGGGCUCCACCUCGCCGCCGUGUGUGCCCGCGGGGACUACGUGAAGAAGCUACUCGCGGCAGGGGCAAACCCGAACGUCCAGGACAACUGGGGUCAGAGUGCACUCCAUCGCUGCAAUCGGAGCUGCUGCCGAGGGAGCCUUUCAGAUAUCAAUCUAAAGAGCGACGGAGGGAUCACCCCUUUGAUGGACGCCGUGAAGACCACCAACAUGUACAUGGUGAAGCAGCUUGUCAAGAAAAACGCCGACAUAUCUCUCGCUGACUAUGAAGGUCGUACUGCAGUGCACUGGGCAGCCAUGACGGAGAAUGUAGAGGCCCUGAAGCUGCUGAUCAGGCAAGGCCCAGACACCAUCAAGGACACGCAGGAUAACAAGGGUCAGACGGCGCUGUUCCUGGCCUGCAGGGAGGGAGCCACCGAGUGCACCCGCCAUCUUCUGGACGUCUUUGCCAACGCCACUCUUCUCGACAACCUGGACCGAUCUCCAAUGACGAUUGCCUUUGAGCGCCAACACCUGUAUAUCAUGGAGAUGCUCAAGUCUCACGGGCCGUACCACUACCAGCUCCCAGCCAGCGGACGACACGGAACAACCGUUCCCCACCACGUCCAGAUGGCUCACCAGCACCACGAGAUGGCUCUGAGGCAGCAGCAGCAGAUGUCCCAGCAGCAGGCGUACGCGGCCUACCCCCACCCCCCAACCUCCCACCACAACAUGAUGGUGGAGAUGCAGUCAAUGCCUCCGGCUCUGGAGCACUACCCCGGACCGGAGAUGCAGCUGCCUCCACGCGGCCAGACCUUUGGGGAUGUGGGGUACCCCGUGUCUUCUUCCAUGGACCUCGGACUCCCGGGGAGUGCCUCGUUCAAACAAAUGAACACCUCUCUCUUUUUCUCGAACCACGCCACCGAGAAUGGCGGAGUCCACACCCCCACUGCUGCCAUUCCUCAACAUUUCUACCCUCCCUCGACCUCUUCCCAGCUUCCAGUGACCUCUGCCGAGCAUCCUUCCCCUCCUACCACCUACCACCAGCACUCGUCUCCUCCAACUCUAGUGCCAACCACCAUGUCUGAUCUCCAACCCACUGCCAUCCCCACCAGCUACUCCCAGCCUCACCCCGUCUCCUGCGGGGUAGACCCCACCACCGCCUCUUACUCCGCUUACCCCACCUCCGCGGGGCAUUUCCCGGUCACGAGCAGCACCAGUGACUCCGAGCAGAGGAUGGUGAGCGAGCUCAUCACCUCCAUCUCUGACUCUUCUCCUCCUCAGCAGCAGCUACACUCACCACCUCAACAGCAACCGCACAGUGCCAGCUCCGUACACUCUAAUAGGAGCCCAUCAGCCUUCUACCCCUCUCCACCUAAUUCAGACACUCUUCAACACUCGUCGGAAGUGGCCCAGCAGAACGGGUUAAUGGCAGGGGCUUACCACCAUGCCAGUCCGCCAAGCCUCACCCCCUCUCCCGAGGGACGAGACGAGACUCAACAUAACAUUACGACAAUAGAGGGUCUAGUUCAGCAGCACGACUACCCCAGUGUGCUGUACGGAGGGGCUGCUGACUCCUAUAAUUACGGUGGUAUCAGGUUUACACAGGACUACAGUACUGAAACCACCGUAUAGAUUGAGUACACAUGCACUGAUUAUAUAUAGAGCACAUUUUCUUGUCACACUGUUGGAUUGUCAUCAUUCUAUUACUGAAAUAAAACACCUAUGUUGUUGUACCAUUCACAUUCAUUGUACAUUCCCUUUGCUGUUCUCUAAUGAAACUUUUGAAGAAUGUGUCUUGAAUGCAUAA